AUGUCUACCGACACUCCAUCAACUCAAGAGGCAGCAUCUGACCCCAGAUCUAGCACCUCCUUCUCUCCUAUAAAUUCCAAUUGUACAAUUAAUGUCAAUGGUUCCGAAGUUGAAGGACCAUCCAGUCGACAAAAUCCCCAAGAGACAACUUCCACGACGCCUCGACCUAGUACCGCACCGAAUACCCAACCUCGGCCGAUGCAUGGAACGGAAGAUGCAACCACUCCUACGACAACAACAUUUGGAGCAGCCUCAAGCGCACUUGCAAAUCAAAGACCUCUCCCACGUCCCUUCGAAAACUCUGCAUCCGUUUCCGAGUCCGUAAGAGACAUGACCUCAACCCUUAUCCGAAACAAUUCAGUAAUGUCAAAUAAUUCUGGUGGUUCCGAAGAUGUUGACAUGGAUGAUUCGGAUGUUCAAAGUUCCAAUGGUGAUGGUUCAAGACCCAAUAAGAAAAAGAAAACUCAAAGAUUCUUCUGCGUGGAUUUUCCACCAUGUAAUCUUAGCUUUACAAGAAGUGAGCAUUUGGCACGACACAUAAGAAAACACACCGGAGAACGUCCCUUUGAGUGCCAUUGUAAGCGCAGGUUCUCUCGAUUGGACAAUUUGCGGCAACAUGCUCAGACGGUACACCAAAAUGAGCCAAUUCCCCAAGACUCUUUGGCAGCCACUGGCACAAGAUAUCCUAGACAGGCUCGUAAUGACAGAGUCAGGCCUGCUGGAAAUAGACCCAGAGCGGCUACAGCAAGCGGACAGGCACCUAUACAUCGUGGUCACCAUCGGAACUCCUACUCCACCUCGAGCAUCAACUCUACUGCAUCUAGCUACAGUCAACCAAACAGUUUCAGGCCACGUCCACCCCCUCUACAGAUGGCUAGCUAUGGACCAGAUAGCCCUUCAGCAUGGCGACCAAGUUCACCUGGAGAAUACAGUACACCUACCUCUGCUACCUUUUCAACUGGCCAGAAUAGUCCGCGAUGGGCAUCCAAUGUUCAAUCACCUCUUAUGGGCACCUAUUCACGAACUGCUAGCAUUUACGAUGGACAUCGUACUCCUGGUCGUAGAUUAUCUACACCUUCCGCCGCACACCCAUUUUCCUCGCCAAGCCUUGCUCCUCAUCCUUUCGGCACUCCACCAACUUUCACUGCGCCGACACCCUAUUCCCCCGGUAUGAUUUCAAGUCCUACAACCUCGACGGCGGGUAUGGGACAAUUGGUGAGGCAAUCGAUGGAUAUCAUUCAUCCAGAUAUGGACAACAGAAGGAGAACAUGGCACCAAGGAACUGAUGCAGCUACACUAGCAUACACUAGCAGGCUGCAGAAUGUCAUGACUCCAAAUCACUAUGCAAACGGCCCUAUUCCUGAACCUCCUACGAUUCUUCGCAGCAAUGCUCCUCCAGCGGAACAGACAAAACUCCCAGGUAUAUCAAGUUUGUUCAGCGGGGAUUAUUCGUCUCACCGUGCUUCAAGUCAUAUGAUGACUGAUAGACCAAAUUCGUACCAUCAGCCAAGCCCUACCAUGGCCGACUUGAACUCACGUCGCCACCCAAGACAUUCCAUGGUGGAGUCAAACUUUUAUUCUCAAUCCAGGCCUGCGCCAGUUAGAGACCGACCUCUUAGCUCUCAUCUUGAUCGACAAUUCACCCAAUUAGACCUUCACGGUCCACCACAAGGAGACGCAGCAACCUGGGCUUCCGACACAGCUCGUGCUGUUCGUGCUACUGCAGAGGAAACACCAGCGGAGCGAACAAGAAGAAUGAUGGAAGAAUGUGGCAAUAUUCAUUCCGGCUUAGAUAUAACACUAGUAAACGAACAAAGAGUAAUGUUUGAGAAUUCAACACUUGGUCCUCGGCCUGGGCCCUCUUCGUCUUACCACCAGCAUACCGCUAGUGCACCGGUCACUAUGCCCAGGUCAGACAGGCGUGAUGGAUGGUACCACGGACCAGGAGUAUAUCAUCAGACGCAUGAUAACAGAUUUCAAGGAACUUCCCCAGAAGGAUCAAGCAGUUCCGAAGGUGCAGCACCUGUAAGUCCGCAGAGCGCCAACACAAUGGAUCACAAUCCUCCCGUUCUACGAUCAAACGGUUACUCUGAAGAAGCUUCUCGACCCAUCCGUCCUCAACAACCAGUCAUUCACCACUACCCCUCACAAUUAAAUGGAAGUGAACCUUCUUACACGUACGGGCCUUCUUCAUCCACUCAAACUAUGUAUCAGCAAAUUCCCAAGUCACCUGAGCGGCCUUACCGCACUGCUCUAGACACUUUGGUCGCUGUCGCAACAGGUGAUCAAAUUCCUGUGCCAAAACCCUUUUGA